AACCAGAAUCUGUCCUUGACUCUAUUACGAAUCUUGAACGCGAGAGCUUACAGCUGUACUUUGCAGUGGCCAGCUAGUGUGCCACGGUGGGAACUACCUAUAUAAAUCGCAAGCUUCAGGAGGACAAUAUGCUUCAUUCGAACACAACUUGAUUACCGUUCCAGCUACUCUACCAAUUCCAACACCAUGUCCCAAAAACUGAUUACCGUUUUCGGCGCAACGGGCGCACAAGGCUCGUCUGUCCUUCGGAGUCUAGCUGCUAGUAAUUCAAAAAUGUUUACACUACGUGGAACCACCCGCAGCCCCUCGAGCGACUCAUCACAGAAGAUCUCUGCCCUUGGUGUUGAGGUCGUGAAGGCCGACGGAUGGGACAAGGAGUCCAUGGUCGCAGCCUUCAGUGGCUCGUGGGGUGCCUUCGUCAACACAAACAGUGAUGACCCCAUUUACGAAGAUCCUGACUUCAAAAAGACUGAGCUUGAUCAGGGCAAGUUGAUUGUAGACGCAGCUGUUGAAGCCGGUGUACAGGUGUUCGUGUACAGCGGACUCAAAGGUGCAAAGGAGAUUACAGGUGGCAAAGUAGCGAACCCGGCAUUCGAUGACAAAGGCGACAUUGGCAAGUAUGCUGAAGCUACUGGAGCUUUCAAGAACGUUGUUCUUGCAGGUCCAGGUGACUAUUACGAGAACUGGACCCAUAAGGAUCUGGCACCAGUCUUCGGUGGUUUUCCCUACAUCCCAUCUGAGGACGGCACGUUGGUGUUCCGGUCGCCGAAAUGGGGUGGCAAAGAAGAGAUCCCAUUCAUCUCAAUCGCGGAAGACUACGGCGAUAUCGUACACGGAAUUUUCCUGGACCCUGCAAAGUGGAAUGGGAAGUUGGUGCAAGCCGUUAGCGAGGUCACAUCUUUCGAAGAGACAAUGAAAGAGUUCGAACGAGUCACUGGCAAGAAGGCCCGCUUCGAGGAGAUCCCAGAUUGGCGCGACUUCAAUACUUAUGGUGUCCGUGCACUGGAGACGGUCAAGCUCAUGUUCGCCUUCUGCCAGGAGUCCGGUGGGCUUUACUACGGUGAACAGACUGACAGUCAUACGGCAGCGGAUCUGAAGCAGAGAGCUGCUGAAGCUUGCGGCAAGUCUGGUGAUGAGACCAAGCUCUUCACGCUCAAGGCAUUCUUCACGAGAGAGUUUACCGGUAACUAAAACAAUCAUCUGGUUUAUUAAUUCC